AUGGAAGCGUGUCUGGACUGCAUACCGAACUGGUACGUCAGAGGCUUCUAUGCAAUGACUCUGCUGAACUGGCUUCAAUGGGAUUUGGUGAGCACUGCCGACCGCACGUUUGCGUGUCGAAUCCUUUCUUCCAUAGAGCCGUUUCCACAUCUGUCGCCACGCCUGCAGAUUGUCCUUGGGAAGAUGCUCGAAAGUCUGGGCACUUCCCGACGCAACAAGAAGAAGGGCAAGAGGCACGAGCUGCGGAUGGAAGCAGAGGAGUGCAUCAGACGUUGGAAAUUGACGAUCCCAGAGUGGCACCUGUGCCAAAUACAGUGCCGUUUGCACUGUUUGGGCGAGCGUUUGGGCCAUCGCGCUGGGAGCAUGAUGGUCGACUCACUCGACUCGGCGAUCCUGGCCGCAAGCGCUGCUUCUGAUUGGCUCAGAGACCGUUUCUCAUCUGGCGUUUAG